AUAAAACUAUAGUACCUAAUAAUAUAUGUCUCUGUAAUAUUUGAAGACUUCUAAUUGCAAAUCUAUACCUAAUGGCUGGAAGGUGCGUUCGAGUUGAACCUCCGUUUGUAGAAUUUAAGGAUGUAAAAGUUGGGGAAGUUUACAGGAAAGCAGUCACGGUAACAAAUAUUGGAAAACAGCCGAAGAAGAUUUUUAUUGAGAAGCCCAACUCGAAGCUCUUUAAUUUCAUCCAGUUGAGUCAAUCCGGGUUUGUGCCAUCAGGAUUUUCUGUCAGAGGUGUGCUGGAGUUCACUCCAGAUGCUGAGGAGGAGGUCAGAGAUUCCAUUCGGGUGCAUAUAGCUGAUGAAGAGAUCCUCCAGGUUCCAGUUACAGGUUUUCCCAGGUCUUGCUCUUUCACUAUGGACUCUGUGCUGGACUUUGGCUGCAUUGUCGCCAGGGGUCAGAUGGUCAGCAAACUUCACCCGAUUACCAACGUAGGCUCUGCACCUGGCGUAUUCCAAGUGGAGUACAGUGGUGGAGACGCCUCUCUCAGUUUCUCACCAUCCAGUGGAGUCAUAGCAGCUGGCACCACCCAGUGGCUGAAAGUAGAACUGCAUACAGUCAAACCUGGGCAGAUUGAUGAAAAAGCUCUGGUGAAACUCGAGAAAAGCUCGACUGUAGUUCUGCAUAUCAGGGCUGAGGUGGUGGAGCAGCAUCUGGAGGUUUCUGACCUGCAGGGGUCUCCACUGUCCUUUUUGUGCUUCGGACCCGUCUACUUUGGAACUUCCUGUGUGCAGAAUGUGCUGCUGAGAAACAAUGCUCCCCUGGCAUGCGACUGGGUCUGCCUUCUGCAGGAUAACCCUGCUGGGACUGAGGCAGGAACAGACUUUCUAAAGAGCACACAGUGCACUCUGCUGGAGAGAAUGAAGAACAGCAGCUCGCCAAGCCAUGCUUUGUCUGAGGUCUUGGAAUGUUUUCCUACACAUGGUCGACUGGGUCCAUAUGACAAAACCACCGUGGCAGUACGAUUCAGUCCCAUCUGCAGGAGCAGGAGGAAGUGUGUUACAGCAGCCAGCCGGCAGGACUACUGUCUGUUCCUGCUGUUUGACAUUGUGGACUGCAAACAUGGCUUCACUCAACACACUGCCGACAGCAGUGUGGAGGUGUCAGUGACUGGUUCUGGAGUCCCCGUGGCUUUGCUGCCGUCUCCCUCUACCGCCUUUGAUUUCCCCAGCUGUGCGAUGGGCCAGCAUUCAGGGCUCAUCUGUGUGCUCCAGAACCUCUGCCCUCAACUUCCUGUCAGAUUCCGCUUUCGCAAGUUAGCACACUUCACCGCUGAUCCGACAGAGGGCAGCAUAGCACCUGGGCGGUGUCAGGACAUAAUUUUGACUUUUAUUGGACGGCAGCAGGGCAGCUUCCAAGUCCGUCAGAAAGUAGAUGUCCUGGGUUGGGUUGCAUCUCAGAAAGAUAGCAGCUCCACUAAGCUUAGCUGCUUCCACACAAUCUCCCUGAGCUUAUCAGCUACAUGCUACAGUGUGAUGCCACUCCCCAAACCAAAGCCACUUCCUGCUCUAAAUAGUCUAACAGGGACAGAGCCUCCGAUUACGUUGAGUGAGCUGGCUCGUCGCAGCCUCUUGGCCCGCGCUCCCGCCUCAAAGCUACACAAACAUGGCAAACAGCGAAGCGAGGGCUCCGAUGGAGACGAGUUCCAAGCCUCUAGCAUCAUACCAGCAUCACAACUCAGACAAUACAGGACCAUUUUUACCCGAGCGCCUCUCUAUUACCAUGUGGACACCAGCUAUGCUUUCACUGAGGAGGAGGAACAGCAAAGACAGUGCCAUCGACAGACUUACAUGACCUUUAUCCAGCAACUUAGACAAAAACGGCUUCAGAAGAUCAGAGAGAGGGAACAAGACACACUGAAGGACGGACUUGUUCCCCCUAAGCUUCACAUCAGAGACCUGGAAAGCACCGACCGCUCAGAAGGGAAACUUAAUGACACUACCAAAUGCACAGGGAUUUCAGAAGCAGCAGUUAAAACAGUUCCAUCUACCAGCCAGCAGGUGGCAGACUGCAGCAGGAAGCUGACUCCUUAUGAACUCUACCAAGUUGUAAUAUGUCCUUUAAAGGUGGACUUUGGUUCUGUGUGUCUGGAGUCAGUGUGCGUUCAGGAGCUCCACCUCUUCAACCGUCUGCCGCUGAAUGUCUGGGUUGAGCUAAAGAUGAACUGUCCUGAACUGCAAGGCUCCUCCCUGCUGUCGCAAGUCUUACCUCCUUUCUCCCACAGCAGCUUGCCCCUGACAUUUGAAAGCAGUCAGCUCGGGCCCUUCCACAGGUCCCUAAACUACACUGUAAACCAGCAGCACCCUGGUCAAAUACUAGUCCAAGCUCAGGUUGUCUCCCUGUCUCUGGUGAUGUCCACCAACCUGCUGGUGCUCCCCUCCACCCCGCUGAUGUUCCCAGGAUCAGAGUACAGGAGCACAGUGACCCUUCAUAACCCGUGUAACUGUGCAGCAGAUUUCACCUGGCAGCCCGUGAUCCCAGAAAGCGGCCUGCUGUUAUUCUCUGUCCGACCAGCUACAGGUACAGUGGAGCCACACAUGGAACUAGACUGUGAGGUGGUUUGGCAUCCUUCCUUUGAUUCCCCCUCAGAGGGAGACUUUGACCUUUGCGUCCCUGGGGGAAAAACUCAGCGCCUGCACUGUGUUGCUAAGAUUGGAACCACUACUGUCCAGCUGGUAGAACAACGAAUCCUUUUCCGGUCUGUGCCUCUAAACACAACGUCUAUCAGAACUGCUGUCCUGCACAACUCUGGGUGGAACCACGCCUAUUACCAGGUUGUGGACCCCUCUCCUCUACCUGGCAUGGUUCUGAGUCCAUCUCAAGGUGUAGUGCCCAGCAGAGGUCAGGCCAUACUUUACAUCCAGUUCAACCCAGACUGUGUAUCCAGGUUUGAUACCAAGUUUGAGAUAGCUCUGAGGAACAUGAAGUCCACCCAACUAAGAGUUGGAGGAUCAGUGGAGCCUCCAAAUAUAGAAUUCAGUGUGUCUCAUUUCCAGUUCUGUGGAGUCCAUGUUGGUUCUCAACAAGAGAUUCCGUUCACAUUAACAAACCACUCUGCAGUGACGUCCCGACUCACAUUUGAUCUGUCAGAAUACAAAGACUUCUCAGUCCAAGUCUGUCAGCCAUCUGCUAAAGCAGAAAAAGAGCCUGGAGUCACCGUGGUGCAGGUUAGUGAUGGUCAGACCCAGGAAUGUCUGCUGGUCUUUUCUCCCACCCAGGUGAUCAGCUAUGACUUCUUCCUACCACUAACGGUUAAUGGACUUAAAUGGCCCAGCUCUUUGUCCCCUUCACUUCCUCCAGUCUGGAUACAGGCCACAGCCCUCUUUGCUCCAGUGGAAAUGUCCCCUCCUACCCUGCAGUUUGUUGUCCAAUCACAGUCUAAUAUAUUAUCUCAGACUGUUGAGCUGACAGCUGAGCAGGAACAGAGCGUCUGUUGGCGAGCUAUCACAGGAGAAGGUGUAAACUGGUGGUUUGAUCUCAGUGCCACGGAUGCAGCAGCUAAUAAGCUGUGUGUGGUGACUCCAUCAUCUGGCUUUCUAAGGCCGGGCCAGUCCGUAUGUGUUGGGGUUUCCAUCGACCCCGAGGCCAUCAGAAUGGGAGAAAAAGGGACCGUACUAUAUUUUCCUCUGUAUCUGGGAGAGAAGGAGACUGAAGGAAGACAAAGAAACAAAGCACCCCAGCCUUACAGGAAGCUGUCAGUCAUCAUCAGGCUUCCGCGUAUCACCUUCCACCCCUGUCAGAUCCUCCUCACCCCUGUUCCUCUGAGAACAAGAAUAGAAACCACACUCACCCUGCAAACUACUGGUUAUCCAUGUGGAACAGCCAUAUCGGCAAGAGUUGAUGAGAUAGAAAUGGAGGAUGGAACUAAGAUCCAACUGGUUUCUGUUGCCUUUCCUGAUGGAAACGUUAUUCCUGCCCAGGAUUGCAACCAGAAAGCUGAUGUCACCUCUCUGCUAUGUAAAGUGGCAUUCUGCUCUGCUGUCCCUGUGUCGCUCUGCACAACCAUUACCUUCAGUGACCACAUGGACAACAGAUUCAAGAUCGAGUUGUGUGCUGUCGCUGAUAACUGCCUGCUGACAGUCUGGCCCUACAUGGCGCUAAAUCGCUCUGAUCCGCAGAUAGUUCUGAAGACAGGGGCCACAGCUGUGGAGGCGGUUCUUAAAAGCGUCCACACAUCAAGCUCUGCAUCUGGCCUGAUUACAUCAUCAACCUUCUCAUUGUUUGAUCCCAACAGCUCAACAUGUAGCACAGACUCCGUCUCGUAUAGCACCAGUUUGAGUGAACAGGCCAGCAGAAAUACAAACAUCACUCCUACAAGAGACGCUCCAAGCAGGCUUAGCUUGCCAAAAUUCCCUGAUUCCAACUCAGAGGAAGGUCUGUAUUACGAGCACGUAUUACUGGCUACAGAGAGGUGGUUCAGCCUCUUUGGAUGGCCCGGUGGACCUCACCCCAUGUCCAUACCGCACACACUACGAAGGGUGUCGGUAAAAACAAACCCCUCCAUUGGACGGCGAGGCAGUGUUAGCCGAAAUAAAGACACAAGGUCCGUUGUGGACAUGCUUCAUCAUCUGACUGGCAGACGGAUCCCUGGUAUCCCUCAAUGCCAAACAUUUUCUGAUGAUAUACACCAGCGCACGACUCAGCUGCUACAACAACAUCGAGCUAUACUCGCCUUUCUCAGGGUGCAGGGAGCCUUUCUUUGUCACAUCAGACCGGAGUAUUUGCUUGAUACCCUGGAGUUUAAGCACUGGUGCUCCUUGCAGGCAAAAGAUACAGAGAAUGGCCUGGACUGUAAUUUUGUAGAUUACGAGUGUCUGAGCAAACAGUCAUGGACUGAUGUGCUUCUGCAGAUUUAUAAGGUUCUGGUGUUGAGAUGUGUGCCAGAAGAAGGACUGAAUACGCCUCUGAACCCCAGAGAGAGCAAUGAAUUCCUUCUGGAUGGCUCACAGCCUCUGGUUAGUACCGUCUACUCACCACAGGAGCUCCACCUACUGUCAUGGCUUAACAGGAACUAUCAGAGGAUGAGGAAGACAGUGUGGGAAAGAGAUGGAGUCCCAGUAUCACGCUGGAUAGUUAACUUUGAUUUGGACUUCACAGAUGGACUAGUGCUUGCUGCUCUAAUGGCUGCUCACUGCCCUUAUCUGAUAAGCAGCCACUUCAGGAGGAUGUACACCUCGCCUAGCAGCCUGCAGCAGAUCCUUCACAACAACAUUAUUGUGGUUCAAGCUUUAACUGUGCUUGGUCUCAACAUCGGCAUAAAGCCUACAGACCUGUGUGAUGCCAACCCAGUGCAGAUCCUGCUUCUGUGUGUUCACCUGUAUGAGACCCUUUCUCACUACCUGCCAUCAGAGACCCUCACUCUGACGGGAGCACUGCAUGGAUCAUUCAGCAAGCAGCUGCACCUGAGAAACCCGUCCUCCAGGUCUCUAAGAUACAAGGUCCUGCUUUUAGGAAAAGACGCUCCUUUCUUCUCUGUUCCUGGUGGAUCGAUGGUCACUAUUCCAACAAAGUCAAGCAUUGAACUAACUGUCCAGGUCAGCUGCAGCUUCCUGCACCCAAUGGAAGCAGUUCUCCUGCUCGUCCCCAGCUCUAGUGCUGGCUUUCACUGCUCAGCUCUCGCUUUCAAUCUUAAGACACGUGUCAGUCAAAUCAAGCCAACACAUGUGGUUCACUGCUCUUCCCCAUGUUAUCAACUGAAAACGAUAGAAGUGCCAGUAACAAACACGUUUAACAAAGAAGCUCAUUUCAGGGUGGUCCUCGUGGAGACUGCCUUCAACCCACUCGAUCCUAAAAAGAGAGAAGACCUGCUCGCUCAACUAGAUGUUUCUGCCAACAGGAAGAGUAUGAUUUCUGAAAUGAUUGAUGGAGAGGAGACAGAAGAUGGUGAAGCCAGUGAGUUCCUGAGUACAGAGAAGAGUGUUUUUCUGCAGCCAGACCAGCGACAUACUCUGAGCAUCCUCUACCUGCCCUUCUAUACAGGAACCAAAUACUGCUCUGUGCUGCUGCUUAGUCCUCAGGUUGGAGAUAUGAUGUUUGUAGUGAAGGCAACAUCAGAAAUACUGCUUCCUUCCCCUCUUCCUGCAAGUUCAACUCCUGGGCGCUCUGAUGGGUGCGCCUUACGCCUUAAGUGUAAGGUCGGAGAAGUGUGUGAGGCGGUGCUCCAGGUGCCCUUGGUUAACGUGUUUUUGGAGGAAGCUUUAGCUGCCUGGGCUCAGCGCUGCAUGAGCACAAGCGAGCACAGGAGGCGGCUUCUGAUGCGCUCUUUACACAGCAGCACAGUGAGGGCAGCCACAGCCACACAGAAGCUCCUCCAACAGUCGCUCAUGAGAAGCGUUAAUUACAACGAAGUGAUCAAAUACGAGGUGGACGUUUCUAUGCCGCAGUACUUCAGCCUUCCCCAGACUGUUAGCAUACCUAUUAAAGAAGAUGCACGUGUACCAUGGGAAACUUCAGCAGACUGUGGCUGUGUGGACGUCCCACUGCGCUUCCAGGCACACUCAGUGGGGCGGUUUGCCUGCAGAGUGCUGCUAACAUCCUGUUUUGACAUCAGAGUGUACCAGCUGGAGGCGAUCGUCACUCAGCAAGAUGAACCACUCCAUGGGAUUACACAUCCCCAGCUCUCCGAACAGUGAAACAUCAAAAAUCAGAAAGGAAAUGAAAUUAAAAUGCUAAAUAAAUUCUAGUGUUUAUGACACUGCUUAUGCCUGAUUUAUUGUUCUAAAUCCAUAUUAGUCAAAUUAGUAGAUAUUUUCUCUGCAGCUUUAUUGAUAAAAGUGUAAAAGUAUUCAAACCUCCAUUUUUUUUUUAUUAUUGUCUUAUCUGUAGAAAUUUUUAAUAAAUAUGUAUUAUUUUCCUUUCACCUUAUAAUUAUUCUUUAUGUUGUCAGUCACAUAAAACAUAAAAAGUUUGCUUUUGUAAUGAGACAAAAUGUAGAUACAUUCAAGGUGUUUGAGCUUCUGUGCAAGUACUUGAUGCUAGAUUGCUGUAAAUAAGUUUAACAUAGGAACGAUGUUAUUAUGU